UAUGAUUGUCGAAUUGUUAUCCUCAGCUGUGCUCGGCUGUGCACGACGAUGAUUAGGUGUCGCAAAAAUAUUGCGUAGAAUCACUUCCUACUACGGUUGCAAAACGUCAACGUGACAGUAGCAGUAAAACAUGAAUCGCAACGUGAAGAAGUGGACGAUAAAUCGUACCCUUUGCAUUUUUGUCGUCUUGACAUUUUUAUGCGUAAACACCGGUCGUUGUUUACAUGAAGAGGAUGGAAAAACCGAUUCGCCGGUGCCGAUAGUGCUUUGGCAUGGAAUGGGUGAUAGUUGCUGCUUCUCUUUCAGUCUUGGAAAAAUACAAGAUGUUCUUCAAAAAGAAAUACCUGGAGUCUAUGUUAAUUCUAUACGCAUCGGAGAAAAUGUUGUAGAGGACGUGGAGAACAGCUACUUUGGAAAUAUUAAUGAACAAAUUAAACAUGUAUGUGAGCAACUGUCGCAAGACCCAAAACUUCAAAAUGGAUACAACGCUAUUGGGUUCUCUCAAGGGGCUCAAUUUCUGAGAGCGAUAGCACAAAGAUGUCCCAACCCACCGAUGCUGAAUCUAAUAUCUUUGGGUGGUCAGCAUCAAGGUGUUUUCGGGAUACCAAGGUGUUCGGAUACAUCUCGAUUGUGCAAUUAUAUGCGGCGCAUGCUGCACCAUGGCGCAUAUUUAUGGUAUAUUCAAGAGUCCUUGGUACAAGCUGCCUAUUGGCACGAUCCCUUAAAGGAAGUCGAAUACCAACAGAAAAAUAUUUUCCUCGCCGACAUCAACAACGAGAAGAACAUCAAAGUGACAUACAAAGAAAAUCUUCAGCUGCUGCGAAAUUUAGUUCUUGUAAAAUUCGAAAACGAUACGAUGGUCGAACCAACAGAGUCGGAGUGGUUCGGAUUCUACAAACUUGGCCAGGCGAAGGAGAUACAGAAACUGCAGGAAAGUGAGCUGUAUCAACAGGAUUGGCUCGGAUUACGCGCAAUGGAAGAAGCCGGAAAGAUCCAAUUUCUUUCGCUACCCGGCGAUCACUUGCAAUUCACGUUUUCCUGGUUCGUCGAAAAUAUCAUUAAAAAAUAUUUGAUAUAAUUUCUCGGAGAGAUAUCUGCCUGGGCAUUCUCCAUCUACGAGAAAGUAAGUUUAAAUACUCUCGAAUUAAAUUAAAACGACGUGCAAAUAUAUAUAAAAUAGAAAGAAAUUUUU